AUGAAAAACGAGCCCCUAAUAUGCCUUCCCGGUCAACGCUUAUCGAUUUGCGAUGAAAUCUACACCGCAGGACAAGGGACUUAUAGAAGGCAAGGCUAUAUUUAUUCAAUGCUCGCUGGAACAGUGGAAAUCGUACAGAAAGACGAUCUGAAAGUUAUUGAAGUCCAUAGAAGGGGCGAACAAACGGUUAUACCAUCCCAAGGAGAUGUAGUCACUGCUCAGGUUUACUUAAUAAAUCAGCAAUAUGCAAGGUGUCUCAUAAAAUGUAUAGGAAGAACAGUCCUCAGAAGUCCAUUUAGAGCAAUAAUAAGGCGAGACAGUAUAAGAGCAACUGAAAAGGAUAAAAUUGAAGUGUACAAGAGCUUUCGCCCAGGAGAUAUAAUUUUGGCCAGAGUGCUACCAAUCACAGAAGCUCACUCCUACCAACUAGCCACAGCCGAGAACGAAUUGGGCGUAGUGAUAGCUCACAGUGAACAUGGUUAUCCAAUGGUUCCGGUUAGUUGGACAGAGAUGCAAUGCCCCAAAUCCCUUGUUAAGGAACCUAGGAAGGUUGCCAAAGUUAUACCCGAGAAUAUUGAUAUGCAAGGAUUGUCAUUGAUGGAUGAGGAUUAA